GUUAAUUUGGGAUGCGACAUCAACAUUUUACCCAAAAAAUUAGUUCAAUCAAGCCAUUAUUAAUUGAUUUCUUACCAUAAUUUAUCCGACUAAAUCCAGUAGUAGUAGUAUUAUUAAUACGCUCAUUACUAAUGUUCCUUGCAGGCUUGGACGCUUCUCUUUUCCCAAGAAAGCAAAUAACCCCACCCCAACCGCCUCAACUGAAGCAGCUGAGCCGAUGGAAUUACCAGCUCCUCCACCGUCCUCCGCCGCUGCCGCCGCCGCCGACCCUCUCCCACCCCUUCCCGCCACUCCACCGAAGCUCCGGUUGAUGUGCAGCUACGGCGGUCACAUAGUCCCACGUCCACAGGGUAAGUCGCUUUGGUACUCCGGCGGAGAAACACGGCUCGUCGGUGUAGACCGCCGGACCACCGCCUCAAGUCUUUCCGCCCUCACAGCCCACCUUUCCCGGACUCUAUACAAUAACCGCCCUUUUCACUUGAAGUACCAGCUACCGAACGAAGACCUUGACUCCCUCAUCUCCGUUACCACCGAUGAAGACCUCCAGAACAUGCUGGAAGAACACGACCGGGUAUCCGCCGUUGUUUCUCGUACGCCUCCCCGCAUCAGAUUGUUUCUGUUUCCCAUUAAGGCAGAAUCCGUGGGCUCUGUUCUUCUCGAUCCAAAAUCUGAUACUUGGUUCUCCGACGCCUUGAAGAAUACCGCAAUUAUUCAGAGGGGCCAGUCUGCUGAUGCGGGUUUGGGUCGUGAGCUCAUGGGAUUAGAUAAUAUGGUCCGUCCCGAUGGCAAUGUCGCUUCGGAGGCUCAAAUUGAGAGCUUGGGUAAUACUGGGGGCUGUGAGGCAAAGGAAAUUGGUGGCACUGUGCCUGAGUCUUUUGUUUUGGAAACCACCUCGUCGUUUGGGUCAACUAGUUCUUCCAUUUCCAUGUCCAAUUUGCCCGCUAUGGGGGUCCAGUCUGAGGAUGCUGCAGCUGGCUUUUUUGAGAAGAAGAUUAGAGUCCCCUCAUCAGCCUCAUUGGAGAGUGAUUGUAGUGCUGCAAGUGCUGGUAUCCCACCAAAAGCUGGUGUUUAUCAAGUUGCAUCAGGGGUUUCCUCGUUUGUAGCUGAAAUGGAUAGUUCUGUUUCUGAUCCGCAGUCUGUACUCCAGACACCUAAAAAUCUUCCACUACCUGGCUACCAAUUAUCUCAACAAUAUAAUUACAUUCCAGGAGAUCCUCAUUACGUUUCUCAGUUUCAGUCAGGGCCUUCGCCACAUCCUUCUUACUAUCCAGUGUAUCAGAUGCCAAUGCAUCAGCAGCUGCAAAGCCCUUAUCCUGUCAAUCAGCCAUAUCCAGUUUAUUUAGUACCUGUAAGGGCUAAUCAAAAUUAUAGUAUGCCAAUGCAAUAUAGUAUAAUGGAUAAUGCAAAUAUCGCAGCUAGUAGGCCACCGUUGCACCCACAGACUGCCAUAAUUGCUCCAGUCACUAGUAAAGACACCAUACCUGUCCACGCCAUGCCUGAAUCAGCUUCAAAAGUAUAUCAGAUACCUGCACCGGCAGUUGUUGUCACACCUGCUACACAGGUUAAGCCGCAAUUUGUGGAGCUUCCUGAGCUGCAGCAUCCUUCCCAACCAGCAGCUGGUACUCCAGUGGCAAGUUCUAAUUAUGUCAAUGAACUUAAUGAUGACAUUGCAUUUUCUCAGAUAUAUAAAACCCAGCCAUCAGCACCUACCUUUCCCUUGUAGUAUGAGACCAUGAUGAAGGGAAUGAACAUGAUUUCUGAAUCUCCAUCACUGGAGCACAUGAGUAUCAAGCAUCUGGCUACAUCACAUCGUCUGUAAGCUGUCAUCUAAGUAGAACAAAAUUUUGGUAGAGUUGUAAUAUUUCUUUUACAGUACAGGUCUUCAUUGUGCUUGGUUUGGUGUAGAAUAAGUGUUUUCUCGUGUCAUUCGUUUAUUUAUUUGUUUGUUUACCUUUUGAAAUGUGUUUUUGUUUUAUACUUAUUCAUUUGUUGAGAUGAAGUCACCAUUGUUUGCGACUGUUAUAUUUCUCUUACUUUAAAAUGUAAAGCUUGCAAUUCCGUACAUUAUUAAGAUGUACCCAAAAUACUGCUGGUAAUACUGUGGAAGCUUCUUGUUCUGUUAUUUCAUUUACAUCCUUCUCCCAAUAUAGUGAUCUGAAAAGGUAUUGGCUUAUUGCCUUAUAAACAGUUUAUACUUUGGCGUUCUUUGAAGAGCCUUUAUUGCACUCCAUGUUUAUUAGUUAAUCAUAUCAUUAGAUAAGAUGGAACCUUUGAUAGUGGCCUAUAAUUAUUGCAAUAUUAGUUGCUAGAGGCAAUUUUUUGCUAUUGCUGUGAUAGAAACAAAUCUUGGACUUUUGGCUUGACUGGGAAAAAUUUCAGCCCUGAGUGGAGCUACAGAAGAAGUUUAUUAUGAUACAUGACAGAGCAACAAUAACAAUUCAAUGGGCUUCCAUGCUUUUGCUACUACUGUUCCCAUUAAAAAACUUGGAGAUAUUAGGCAUAGAUUUUCUUCUCCUCCUUACUGCGAAAGAAGCUGGUUUUGGGGUGCUUCGAGGUGCUGGAGAUGCAGGCAUUCGCGACUUUGCUUGUCUGCCGCUUCUGUUCGAUGGAGUACGUGGCAAUUGAGGAUCCAUGAUCUCAUCAUAUCUUUGCCUCCAUUUUUCUAUUUCAACCUCAAUGUUCUUCUUUGAGUGAAAUGAUUGCCUUCUCUGACUAGCCCCUUGAUCUUGGUCUUCUCCUAUUUUUAACUCUCUUAUCUCCUUUCUGGCCAUCUCUGUUUUCAUCAGAAUUUCUCUUUCACUGGCUUUUAUUGCUUCAAUCCACGCCUGGGCUGCUGCAACCUUUUUAUCUGCGAUUUCUUCAGCGCCUGCUGCCCGACCUUUUAGGUAUUCAUAUUCAAAACUGGAGAUAGUUAUUACAGAACUGCGCUGGGCAUCUGAAACUCUUUGCCUGACAGUGUUUUCGAUGAGGGUUUUCAGUUUUCCCAGAGAUUUGGCUUCGGAUGUCUUAACAGCUUUGAGCUCUUCAAUUGCAGCUUCUAAUCUCUCCUCAGCCAACUCUAUUUCAGAAUCAGUUUUUUCAAUCUCUGCUGUGAUUUUUGCUGUUUCAUCAUCAAUAAGCAACUUUUCUUUUCUUGCUGCUUCAGCUUCUGUUUUUAAUUGGUCAAGAGCCCGAGACAAAUUUGAUACAAUGUCAUUAGCCUUUCUUUCAGCCGAUGUUGCUGCUUCCAAUUUGGCCUUCCCUCUGAGGAGUUUCGAAUUCAGAUUCUGUAUGGUUAAUUCGGUCUUAUUUUCCCGUUUCUUUGCACGGCCGACUUCUUCUAAUACAUUUUUAUACUCGGUCCUUAUGAUAUCCAUGGAAGCCAUGAACUUGAAACCUUCUUCUUUAACAGAAGCCAAUUCAUUCUUGGCUUCUUCUAUUUCUUUUGUAACUGACUUCAGCAGAUAAGGAGUAUCUGCUGCAUCGGCAUCACGAGAACUGGACUCCAGCUGUCCCGUGGUUCUUGUUCCUGGGAUUUCCUUCUCUAUUUCCUUAACCUGCUUUAGUUCACCCUCUAGCAUGUUGACAUCUGAAGUUGUUGUGACUAAUCGCUUCUCGAUCUCUUUGGCAGCCUCAACUUCUUGUCUAAUGUCACUCAUUUUCUUCUUAGUUGUAUCCAUGACAGAAGAGUGUGUUUCAGCAUCUUUUUUUCUCAGGGAUUCAAUGGCUUCAAAUUCUUUGAGGGCCUCAAUCCGAGCCAAUUCUACCAGCACUUGCUCUUCAUUGGUUUCCUCGAUCUCCUCCCUGAGUCGGUUCACUGAACUCACGAGAGUUUUAAGUUUCAAAUUGGAAUCCUCUGCUUCUUUUUCUGCCCUUCUUUUUUCCUCUAACAGAGAAGCCAUCUCCUCCUUGAGCUUCUUCAUUUCCUGCUUUACAUCCCUUAAUUCUCUCAUCACUUGUCGGUAUUGAUGAGUGCCAGUGUUUAUUUCACCAUCCCCAUCUGCUUUAACACUCUUCUUCUUCAGUUUUUCCAUGUGUUCUAACUGUGAUUUAGCUCUGGAACUCGAUUGCUCAAUCUUCAUAGUUAGAUCCUUCACUUUAAUCUUCGCAUCUCGAAGUUCAGAAUUAGCAUGGCCUUCAGUUGGCUCUGUGUCACUUCUUCCGCCAUUAGAUUGGGCUGUGUCACUUUUUGCGAACUUAGGCUCCCUAGUUAAAGGAGAUGGCAUCUGGGAAACGUCUAAAAACUACUUUUACUUAACCGGAACAGAAUUUUGAAAGCAAUCAGUCAAUUAUGGUCAAGUUUAGGACAUUACCUCUGAGUUCUUCAGAAAAGGAUGAUUCUCAAGAACCUUGGCAAUUUUAACUGGCUUGGAUUUCCUGUCGUAAAGCUCUUCCCCGUUCAUCUGUACUUAUCCUGCAUCACAAACCAAAAACUUAAGGGUCCAAAAGAACACGGAAUUUAGGAUCAUACAGAACUUACUAACAUACCUGCCUUAUGGUGGAGGGAUCUCCUUGCUUCAUUCCUUGGGCCUUUUUGGCAGACUACUAAUUUACUGAAGAACCAAGGAAUUCAAUGCACUUCACAAAAUGAACAUGAAAACUGGGAGAGGGUAACGUGGAAGAAGGCACACCUAGAAUGUGUUUGAGUUUUGUACUUGAGUAGUUGGUUUGGGAUAUCCUGCCGUUUGAGAUAGAAAGAAAAAGACAAGACAAAUUGAGAAAGGGGAGGAGGGAAGUCCUAUGGUUGUGAUUGUAAGCA